UCCUGGGUCGUUUGUCAACAACAAUGGCUGCCGUCAUGAGUAUACAUGUGUCUAUCAAUUUACGUUUUAAGACAGUUUUGUUCAUCUAUUUCAUGUGUUCCAAGGUAACAACUGGUAGGGUUUAUUUUUUUUAACAUUUCCUUUUUGGUACCUUUUUGCUUCAUAAACAAGCUUUUCUUGCUUCAUAAUCAUAAACAAGCUUGUUUGCUUCUUGCCACGCUUGAAACUCGUUGAGACACAGAAAGGAAUUUAAUUAUAAAAGUCAGUGUCUUUCGUCAAGUAACAAUAAGAUCAUAGCUAGGUAGUUAACGAUAGUUAUAUCUGUUGCAAAGAUGAAAGGCAAGGGGAAAGCAAAGAGGAAAGGAAAGAAAGACACUGGUAAAUUGCAAAAGUAUAUGGUGACAGUUAACGACUUUGUAAAAAGUAAGGUAGGCUGUGAUGAAACAGAAGAUGGCAGUGGCUUGAGAUUUGUUAAGAAGAAAAGUAGGAAAGAAAUGCGUAAGGAGAAAAGAAAGAUGAAAAAGGCUAAAAUUAAGAAUCACUAUGAAGGCUACAAGGCUCUCAAAGCAUCCACUUGUGACAGUGAGGAAGUUGCAACCCCAUCUGAUAAACAACCAACAAAGAAGGUUAAUGGUAAAGUAAAGAAAGACGAGCCAGCAUCUCAACAACCCAAGUCAACUCCUGUUGAGACUGCAGCAGGAGAGAAGGCUGAGAAAAAAGGACCUAAGAAACCUUCUAAGAAAGAAAAGAAAAGAAACAAACUUGAGGAAUCAAGAAAAAAAGCCCUUUUGGAAGCUAAUGUUGCCGAGGACAGAGAAAUUAAGAGGUUGGAGCGAUCUCUUGGGUAUAACAAGAGGAAAAACAAAAAGAAACUUCCGCAGUCAUUCGCUGAUGAUGGACUUGAUUACAUUUUGGGGGUACUGGAUGCUGGAUCGGCAGCUUCAAGGAUAGUGCAUGACAGUGAUGAUGACAUGGACAUUGCCAAAGAGAAAUUAAGGAAAUUGGUAGACAGUGAAUCAGAAAUGUCCGGCGAAGAGGAGGAAGAACAAGGAGAUGACUCUGAAGAGGAGGGCAGUGAACUAGACAGAGAUGGAGACCUGGAUGCCACCGAGGAAGAAGAAGAUGGAAUGGAUGAGGACGACGAAAAUGAGAUGGAUGAGAGUGGUGGAAUAGCUUCGGAAGAAGAAAAUGGAAAGGAUGAGGGAGUUGAGAGUGGAGACUCAACGCUUGCAGGGCCAAAAGCUGACACUGCUGUCCCGUCAGCAGGGAAAUACGUGCCCCCUCAUCUACGGGACACCGGGGAUGAUAAGCGCAGAGCUGAGCUGGAGAGACUGAAGAGACAAGUCAAAGGACUUGUGAACAGGCUCAGUGAGGCCAACAUGGCGUCCAUCAGUGGCCAGCUGGAGGAGCUGUACAUGAGCUCGAGCCGGAAGGACAUGAACGACACCCUGACAGAGAUCCUCCUGGCAGCCUGUGUCACCCCAGCCCUGAUGCCUGACAGACUGCUUAUGGAACACGUCCUGCUUGUCAGCAUCCUACAUCACACAGUGGGGCUUGAGGUGGGGGCUAAUUUCUUGGAGACGGUGGUGCGGCAGUUCAACGAGUUGUACAAGAGCCCCGGUGAAGGCAAGGAGUGUGACAACCUGGUGGCCAUGGUGGCACAUCUCUACAACUUCCAGGUGGUGCACGCCCUCCUCAUCUUUGACAUCCUGAAGAUGCUGGUGGGGGCCUUUGCCGAGAAGGACAUUGAGCUGGUCCUGUUUGUGCUGAAGAAUGUAGGCUUCGCCCUGCGGAAGGAUGAUGCCCUGGCGCUGAAAGAACUCAUCUCUGAGGCCCAGAGCAAGGCCAGUGGUGUGGGCACCAAGUUUCAGGAUGAAAAUAGGGUGCGCUUCAUGCUGGAGACCAUGUUGGCUCUGAAGAACAACGAUAUGAGGAAGAUCCCUGGCUACGACCCAGAGCCUGUUGAGAGACUCCGAAAGCUGCAGAGAACUCUGAUCCACCAGAGUUCGGGGGGCAGUGAUGUGAAGCUGAGGGUCUCUCUGGAGAACCUCCUGGCUGCAGAGCAGGUGGGCCGCUGGUGGAUCGUGGGCUCAUCGUGGACCGGAGCCCCCAUGAUAGGUGGCCAGGGCAACAAGACCUCAAAACAAACUACUGCAGAAGGAAAGUUCAGCUCUAAGGUCUUAGACCUGGCCCGGAAACAGAGAAUGAACACAGACAUCAGGAGAAAUAUAUUCUGCGUGAUCAUGACCAGCGAGGAUUACCUAGAUGCCUUUGAGAAGCUGAUACGGCUGGGGCUGAAGGACCAGCAGGAGAGGGAGAUCGUCCACGUGCUGAUGGACUGUUGCCUCCAGGAGAAGAGCUUCAAUGCCUUCUAUUCUGUACUGGGAGAGAAGUUCUGUGAGCACGACAGGCGGUUCCAGAUGACAUUUCAGUUCAGUUUGUGGGACAAAUUCAAGGACCUGUCCAGCCUAUCCACCAGCACCUUCAGCAACCUGGUCCAGCUGGUCACACGCUUCCUCCAGAGAAAGUGCCUCUCCCUCUCCAUACUCAAGGUGAUAGAGUUUGGUGAGUUGGACAAGCCUAAAGUCAAGUUCCUGCGUCAGGUAUUGACUAAGCUGUUAAAAGACACAGAGCCUGAGGAUCUUGCAAACAUAUUUGGAAGGAUUUCGGGAAUUCCCAAGCUAGGAAUGCUGCGGGAGGGCUUGAAGCUGUUCAUCAGUCACUUCCUACUGAAGAAUGCCCAGUCGCAGGGACCAGCUGAGCAAGCAGGCCUUCUGUCAGAGCGAGCCGAGGUUGCCAACAAGGCCAUGGAGGCCAAAGAGACUAAACUCAAACUGUAAAACACACAAACACACACUCUGGGACCCUGGGAGAAAACCAGGAGAACAAAAGAGCCCUGUCGGGGAAACAUGCUCGUUUUUUACAAACAACAAACCCAUCAAUUUAUUUCAAGACUGAGGCUAAGCUUUUUUUGUUUUAAAGAGAUUUUUAUGUCUCUGUGUGCAGAAUGAAGGAGGUAAUGUGGUAUGCUAGCGUACCUGUAUACUUCCAGUCAUUGUGCUAACGCUAGUUAGCAUUGGCUCGCGAAAAAUACCUCUAACUUCCUUCAUACUGCACACAGAGACAUAAAAAUGGUAACCACGAGUUCAUCUGACUCUGGGUAAGUAGUACCCUCCCUUUAAAGAUUUCACCAUUUUGUGUUUGUGUGAUUUUGAGGAUUACCCCAAAGCCCUUCCAAAAUGGAAAUGACUACACUGGGAGGUCUGUAAUUUUAAUGAUCUCCGUUUUGUAAAAUACAGAGAUUACUUCUGAUGACAUUAGAAAUAUCCAAAUGAAGUAGGGGCUUCAUCAAGUGGCAAUGAUAAUGAACAUGAGAGUGGAAAAUAUUUCCACAGUGUAGUUACUCUAAUGUAUUGAAGUCACUGUCACAAUGGAUAUUGCCUUUGCCUGUAUAUUUAAGAAUAAGAUCACUUUAUUGGUCAAUUGCACACAAGGUCCAACCGAAAGUUGACUUCUGCUUUUAACCCAAUCCCUACACAUACAGAGACAGGUUUUUCUGAAGAGGUGUGGGGGGCUGCCACACUGGGCACCUGGGGAGCUGUUGUUG